AUUUAUGUGGGAGAUGUCCGAAGGGAACAAUUCUGCCAUGGCACAGAAACACGCGGACUCUGUUGGCCGUACAGUCAUACAGAUCGCAGGUGUCGACACCUCGAAGGACGCGGAUUGAUAUCCCCUGAUUCGAUCGAUUCCAUCGCCACAGCUGCAUAGUCUAUCCAUUUCUGAUGUUUUUGCUUUCAUUCUAUUGCAAUCGAGAGGGUUUCUGAAGCAUUCCGAUAUGGCUGAGCUGGAAGAUAUGGGAGUUGAUAUCAGUUCGGACAUUGAUGUUGAUGAGAUAAGAGGCCAUGAUAACAUAGAGGAGAAAGAUGUCAGUGAUGAAGAGAUUGAAGCAGAAGAAUUGGAGAAGAGAAUGUGGAGGGACCGUGUUAAGCUAAAGAGGAUCAAGGAGAGGCAGAAACUUACCAUGGAGCAAGAAGCUGCAGAGAAGCAAAAAGCAAAGCCUGCCUCAGAUCACGCCCGUAGGAAGAAGAUGGCACGUGCACAGGAUGGCAUAUUGAAAUACAUGUUGAAGCUCAUGGAUGUCUGCAAGGCUCGUGGAUUUAUUUAUGGCAUCAUCCCUGAGAAGGGUAAACCAGUUAGUGGGGCAUCGGAUAAUAUGAGGGCCUGGUGGAAAGAAAAGGUGAAGUUUGACAAAAAUGGCCCAGCAGCUAUUACCAAGUAUGAGGCUGAGUGCCUUGCCAGAGGAGACAGUGGUAGAAAUCACAAUGGAAAUUCACAGGGUGUCCUUCAAGACUUGCAAGAUGCUACAUUGGGAUCACUUUUGUCCUCAUUGAUGCAACACUGUGAUCCGCCCCAGCGUAAGUAUCCUCUUGAAAAGGGGGUUCCUCCACCAUGGUGGCCAACAGGGAAUGAGGAAUGGUGGGCGAGGUUGGGUUUACCCAAGGGUCAGGCUCUGCCUUACAGGAAGCCUCAUGAUCUGAAGAAGAUGUGGAAAGUUGGAGUGCUGACUGCGGUCAUCAAACAUAUGUCACCAGAUAUUGAGAAGAUUAGGAAACUCAUAAGGCAGUCGAAAUGCUUGCAAGAUAAAAUGACUGCUAAGGAAAGCUUGAUUUGGUUAGGUGUCCUGAGCAGGGAGGAAGCUUUGGUUCGGCAACCAAGCAGCGACAAUGGAUCUUCUGGGAUUAGUGAGACACCAUCGAAAGCCCAUGGAAGUACUGUGAGGACUUCUGUUGAAAGUGACAGUGAUUAUGAUGUCGAUGGCUUGGACAAUUGCUUGGGCUCUGUUUCAUCUAAUGAGGAUAGGACAAAACAAACAGUAGAUGUGCCAGUGCCUCAACCUUCAGCUCCAAUUGGAUCAAAGCGAGCUAGGAACAAAAAGAAUGAAAGUGGGCGUGUAAGGAAGAGAAGGUACCCAAACUCAACUGCUGCUACGAAUCAACCAGCUGUUGUUACUGUCAAUGAACAUCCUCGUGAGGACCCUGGAGAUUUCCUAGUGGAAGUAAAUCGUGAAAAUGCACAAAUUACUGAAUUUGAAAUGAAUGAGAGCCAGGCAGGAAUGGAUAAGGUAUCCAUGAUGCAUCUUGACAAUGCUCUACCCUGCUUGGUAGAACCUGGUGCUAACCUUUUAUCCUCAGUUCCAUCAGAUGAAGCUCCCAUUAGGAGUGUGCCCGUGGAUGAUCAGUGUUUACCUUAUACAGUGUCUAGAAGCACUGAUAUAGUUACUGGCCGUGGUUCUAAUAUUAUACAUGUUCCUCGAGGUGGCCACUUGCAUCGGGUGCUUCCAGGAGCUGGAGAUUCUGCUUCAAUCCACAGAUUACAAAACCCUGACGUCCCUCAUGAACCCAAAAUUAGUGCGUGGCACCCAGGACAUCAAGAUCCAUCUCUGCCUCAACCUCGGCCUCAUGGUUCUCAAAAUCCCACAAUAUAUCAAAGAUCAGCAUAUCACUGUGAAAAUCCAAUACCUGCCAUUGAUCCUGGUCAUCCAGGACAGCAGUCUGUACCAGUGUUCGGUGAGAUACCUAACAGACCAAAUGUUACAGGGAUUGAUGUACCAUUGCCACCUAAUAAUGAGAAUGGUAUUACUGAUGGAGGUGUCUUGCAAUUCGUGAAAGAUACAUUUCCUCCAGAUCCGGAGAGGGCUGUUGACACUCAGUUUCCAUCCCCUCUCAGUAGUUUGUCACCUGAGUUACCAGGACUAAGUCCAUUUAGUCUUCAAUUCGACGGCACAAGUUCCUUAGAUACUGGUGAUUUUGACUUCAUAAUUGAUGAUAAUGCAGUUGAUGACAAUAACUUUGCCGAACUGAUGAAGUACUUUGCCUCAUAAGCUGUUAUCACCUCCGCUUUGUGAGCCACAAAGGUCCUUUAUUGUAAUUAUGGUUUGCUUUAGGGUCAGCACAACCCUUCAGUUAAUGUACGCAUGCAUUUAUGCUUUACAGUGUACAUUUUCUCUUUGAGAAACAAAAAAGUUUGUUUGCCAUUGCAUUUUCUCA